GGCAGGAGUGGAGGCGGCGGCUGCUGCUGGCCGUUUCCUGGUGGCCUGGCAGCGGCGCGGGAGGGAGGAUGCGGCGUAGAUCUCGGCUGCUCCUGUGCUUCGCCUUCCUCUGGGUGUUGGGCAUCGCCUACUACAUGUAUUCGGGCGGCAGCGCUGCGCUGGCUGGUGGCGGCGGUGGCAGCAGCAGCGGGAGGAAGGAGGACCCAAAUGAUAUUGACCCCAAAAGAAAAGACCUGCAUGGCAGUGAUGGGGAGGACAAAUCACAAAAUGUGGAGACACUACCUCCAGGCAAAGUUCGGUGGCAAGACUUUGAUCAAGAUGCUUAUGUUGGCGCUACAAUGGUGCGAUCUGGUCAGGAUCCCUAUGCCCGCAAUAAAUUCAAUCAGGUAGAAAGUGACAAACUGCGAAUGGACCGAAGCAUUCCUGACACUAGGCAUGAUCAGUGUCAGCGGAAACAAUGGCGGAUAGAUUUGCCAGCCACUAGUGUGGUGAUCACCUUUCAUAAUGAAGCAAGAUCUGCUUUGCUUCGAACUGUUAUCAGUGUCCUUAAAAAAAGCCCACCACAUCUUAUUAAGGAAAUCAUACUGGUGGAUGACUACAGUAAUGAUCCUGAGGAUGGUGCUCUCUUGGGGAAAAUUGAGAAGGUGCGGGUUCUUCGAAAUGAUCACCGAGAAGGCUUGAUGCGUUCCCGUGUCAGAGGAGCAGAUGCAGCACAAGCCAAAGUGCUGACCUUCCUGGACAGUCACUGUGAAUGUAAUGAACACUGGCUGGAACCACUUUUGGAAAGAGUAGCUGAGGACAAGACCAGAGUUGUGUCUCCUAUUAUUGAUGUAAUUAAUAUGGACAACUUCCAGUAUGUGGGGGCGUCAGCUGAUUUAAAAGGCGGCUUUGAUUGGAACCUAGUAUUCAAGUGGGACUACAUGACACCAGAGCAAAGAAGAGCACGGCAAGGAAAUCCAGUUGCUCCCAUAAAGACACCCAUGAUAGCUGGUGGACUGUUUGUGAUGGACAAAUCCUAUUUUGAAGAACUGGGAAAGUAUGAUAUGAUGAUGGAUGUUUGGGGUGGAGAAAACUUAGAGAUCUCGUUCAGAGUGUGGCAGUGUGGUGGGAGCCUGGAAAUCAUCCCUUGCAGCAGAGUGGGUCAUGUAUUCCGCAAGCAGCAUCCUUACACAUUUCCUGGUGGGAGUGGUACUGUGUUUGCAAGAAAUACACGCAGGGCAGCAGAAGUCUGGAUGGAUGAGUAUAAAAACUUCUAUUACGCAGCAGUGCCUUCAGCCAGGAAUGUACCUUAUGGCAAUAUUCAGAGCCGAAUGGAACUCAGAAGGAGACUUAGCUGCAAACCCUUCAAGUGGUAUCUUGAAAAUGUUUAUCCUGAGUUACGGGUGCCUGAUCAUCAAGAUAUAGCUUUUGGGGCUUUGCAGCAGGGUAGCAAUUGCCUUGACACAUUGGGCCAUUUUGCAGAUGGUGUUGUUGGAGUUUAUGAAUGUCACAACGCAGGGGGAAACCAGGAAUGGGCCUUAACAAAGGACAAGUCAGUCAAACACAUGGAUUUGUGCCUUACUGUUGUGGACAGAGCGCCUGGUUCACUUAUAAAACUUCAGGGCUGUAGGGAAAAUGACAGCAGACAGAAAUGGGAGCAAAUUGAAAGCAACUCUAAACUGAGGCAUGUUGGCAGCAACCUCUGUCUGGACAGCCGAAAUGCCAAAAACGGUGGUCUCACCGUGGAGAUCUGCGGUCCUUCUUUGUCACAACAGUGGAAAUUCACACUCAAUCUGCAGCAGUAGAAGGACUCUCAUGCAUAAAGCUCUUGUGAUUCAUAGACGUUGGGCAAAGUUUUGAUUGAAUUACUGAUGUAUUUCUUAAAACUUUCCACGGAACUUAUAUACCUCAGUAUUCCACCUUUAUCUGAAAGUAGGAGAGUGCUGGAGCAGACACCAGGGACCCAGGGGACUUGGAGCACUGCAAAGAUGUCACUGAACAUGACUGCAGCACAAUUCCUUCUUCAAGUGAAGGCAUCAACGGUUCCAUACUGUCUUCAGUUAUGUACUUGCACAGCAGAUAACAAACUCUAGGAACAACUGAUGCGUGAUGGAAAAAAUGGAUCUGAAGAAACACUUGUGGGGUGGGGAACAGGGCAUGGGAGGGAGGGUGGGAAAAAUUACUAGCAGAAGGUCAUAUGAAAACUCCAUUUGCUUAGAAAUUAUGGUUUGUUGUUUCCAGAAACAGAAGUUGUCAUUUUGAAGUUUUGUUUCUUUCUUUUUUUUUUUUCUUCCCUCCUAUGUGUCCUUGGUAAUUUGAAAAUGAACUUUUCUAUGAUGGACUCUAAAUAUAAAUAUAUAAAACCAUCUGUAUUGUCAGAUCCCAAUGAUUUAUAUCCAUCUUCGUCAUCCAAGAAGUGAUUUGACAGAUGCGUAGCCAGAAAUUGGAUUGAAAUGCUAAGAGAGCAAAACCUUUCUGAAGAUGUGGGUUUUGUGCUGCUGAGUACGACGUCCAUGCUCACACUGGAUGCUUUUGCUUUUGCAAACGGGAUCUACUUUUUAACACUUUGCCCUCUCUGGAGAUCAUGAAGCUCAGGAGGAGAAAGAAAACAGCAGGAUAAGCCCAUGUGUCUGCACAGGCGGUUGCUCAGAUUGGUUGUUGCGACUUGGGAAUUUGUUACAUGUGCUCUGGAUAUCCUUAAACUUGAUGCUUGGGUUGAUUUUUGCUCUGAUACUUUGUCUUUAACUUUCUUUUUCCUUCAUUACAAAAUUUUAUAAGCAGUGCAGAUCUUUGGUACAGCCAUGUACAGAUCUUCAGUUCAUCGCUGUUUCAUCUGGGCCUUAAUGAGAGAAAAGUUGUCUAUAACUCCCCUUUUCAGUUGUAGAGAUAAGAUGGUAACAUCACUGUUGGCAGCACAAGAUCUGAGUUUUAAUUUGCAAGGAUGAGCAGCUCUGUAAUAUCUCUGAAUUGCACUUGCUAAAUUUAGAGGUCUGGUAAUUGGGGAAUAUUCUUCCAUGUUGUUUCUUCAAAUGGAGCUUUGCAAUGGAUUCAGGCUUGGCUCUGGGAAUCAGCCUGGAUACCAGCAGACCUACGUGGUUUUACCCACAGAACCCAUGCAUUUUGCAGCUUCAGUCCAGCUGAUGUUAUUUUUGUAUUAAAAUAAUAAUACUGUCAAAGUCAACCCAAACUUUGACCUGUCCUUUAUUAUGUUUGCAAAGAUGAUGUAAUUUUUUUAUUAAGAGCAAAUGCUUCAACGGGCUUUUGAAAUUAAAAGGGAAGGCAAAGAAGUGCUAAUAAGCUAGACAGCCUUGACAGAAAUCAGUGGCAGACAUGGGAUGCCAGGAAGUGGGUUUGGUAAGAUGGUGGAUUUCAGAAACAUGUGGGGGUUGAUCAUAAGGAAAUUAAAAUCUUCUGCUACACUGCAGUAUGCUGGUACAGUUCCCCUCCUCCUUUGCUCCUGGGAGUAGUUCCUGGGUUUGGGGGUGGGUUUGGGUUCUUUUUUGAUUUGUGGUGUGGGUUUUUUUCAUGUUUUGGGGUUUUUUUGUGGGGAGUUUUUUUGGCAUGGGUAGGUGGUUUGGGUUGUUUUUCAGUUUCCUUUUGGCUGCAUCUGUAUGUUAGGUGCAGAGGUGGUACUCUUCUGGGCAAAAUGGCUUCAGCUGUGCCAAUCAGUGUGCCCAUAAAUACUUAGUGCAUCUGAAGUUAUGACUUGCAAGUACCUGCAUACCUUUUCAAAGGGGGCAUUAAAUCCUGUUUCUGCCAUUCAUCAACUGACUUUAUUUAUUAAUAAAUAAUAGUUGGGCUUUUUCCCUUGCUUCUUCACAAUCCACUUCCUCCAAAACUUCUGUUUCAGAGGCCAUAGAGUGGAUAAAGUAUUCUUCACCUUUCAGUCUUUCGCUAUCUGUAGCCUGUUAAGCUAGCUGAGAACUUGAAGAAUGUGGUUCAUAAAGAUGGUAGAUUUCUUCAUAUCCUGGAAAAAUAAAUGCUGUCAUAUGGGCUCAGCAGCAUGUCCAUUGGUUGAGGUUUUGAAAAGCAUACUUUGAAAGAAAAAAAAAAACCCUAACCACUCAGCUUCUGCCAUGGAGGUAUUUCUAUUUGCAACAUCUGUUACAGUGAGGGUAGCACAGACUGCAGUCAGCAGUUGCAGCUCUGGGUGAGUAUCAGCCUACUUCUUGUCUCUCAAUCAGAAUUGAGAGUAAAAAAAGGGUAUUCUGUCUCUUUAAGUCUUUCAUGUCAACUGCUAGCAUAUGAAAUAGGAAUGUUGUCACUGAUCCCCUUUGCAUGCUGUGCAUAGGGGGUUUGACAUAGGAGCUGUACCUUGUUUUUCCUUGAAAGAACAGCCAAGAAGUGGUAUCCAUUGGUUAAGUUUACAUGAGGGUGUGCCAAAGUUACUUACUGUGAUGUUGAGGGGGUUUUCAUGUGGAAAUGCACCCAGCUGAAAGAAAAAAUAAGAGCCCUUGAAGCAAAUUGCAGUGGAGUCUCCUGAGAACUUUUCUUACUGUCUUCGAAGCCAGAACGGUGUUGUCAUUUGUUUUGCAGAUUUUCAAAGCAUAGUUUGGAAACUGUUUUAUCAGUUGGUUUGAAAAGUCUGCUGUACAGAGCUUGUACUAUGUUCAUUUUAUAGAUGGAAACCAUCCUUGAAAAAAAAACAAACCCAAAACCUGUUUUAACUUAAAUAAAGAAGAAUGCUUUAUAGAUAAA